AACUGAAAUUUGGGUCUUACUAAUUAGUUUUCUAGGUCCCAUAAUAAGUAGUAACAGGGCAGAAUGGUAAGCUCACGCAUCAACAAAAAGGGGCCGUGAGAAAGAAAAUUCAAAUUCAAGCAUAUGAACGACAGGCGAACGUUGAUUGGGGCUCACGUGAGGUAUAUGCGCGGCCGAGACCAAAAUAAGCCAACCUUUGUUGUUGUUUAGGUUUGUCAGCAUCUGCUGACACGGGCUCUGUAGAGCCCGUCAAGGUAGGGACGGAUUAGUACGAGGCUGUUAAAAUAACAGUGGCGGUGGUGGGUAGUUGGUGACAAUGUGUGCGAGAAGGCACACAUUGUUACCAGCGUCCUCAUAAGCCAACCGGAUGGAAGACUUGUAAAUCUAGACCAAGGUUGCCACUUUGUGGGAUUUUCCCACAAAUCUGUGGGAGAAACAGAGCUACUUGGGAGGUGUCGUGGGAACUAAGAUUAUGUGAGAAUUUCGUGGAAAUUUUUGUAAAUUCAUGGAAAUUUGACAAAAAUGUUGAAUAAUGUUUAAUAUAUGCAGAGAGAGAGACGUGGUGAGGGAUGGAUGGGAUGUUGGGAGGGCGCGGUGUGGAGGUGUUGGGUGACAAACCGACUGUGUACAGUUCAUGUAUGAAUUCUCAGCCGACGAGAGACUCCCUACCGCGCGCCUCGCCCCUCAGCAGAGUUUAGUUAUUCGCAGACAGUAGUACCAGUUAGACAUCAACAUGAGUGAUAAGAAAUCGUAUUCUCAGAGGUACCAGACUGUAUGGGAGCAUGAUUCACGAUUCAAAGGACCUGCAGUGUGUAACUAGUGAGGCUGUGCUAGUGUGACGAUGGUGGACUCCAUGAGCCAGAAGGUGAGGGAUCCCUCAGGGGUCUCCUAUGUGCUGGACGCAAUUUACAAGCGGCAGCAGAAAAUUGAGGCUGAAAACUGGGUGACAACAGAUAUGAUAGAACUUCUGAAGAGGAAACUCAACAUUGCCUCUGCACCGUUCCUUUCCUCGGCGGAGUACAAACUGGUGGGCAGUGCUGCAGAGAAGCUUGUCGUGUCCAGUAAGGAUGAUAAAGACAUUCUGCUUGUCCUUGGCCCACCUUACACUCCAGAGUACUUCAAGUCAGUGUAUGAGUCCAAUGGGAGGCAUUAUCUUGUGUGGAACAACCACAUGUUACACGGCACUAGGCCGCGGUAUGUGGGGAACAGGAACCACCUCUCAGCCACGGCACUGAGGACCUUUGUUAAUGGCUGCCUGCAGUCAGCACUGAAGGGGGAGAGAGUGGGCAACUCCCGAGUCACCAAGCUAGAAGUGUGGAAGCAGGCUGUGCGUGCUCACCUCAAGCAGGAUGGUGGCAACCAGACCUUCAUUGUUGAUAUCAUUCCACAGAUCAGAGGUGACAAGUGGAUGAAUGUGAAAGGAGUGAAGCCCCAGAAGGAACUUGGACUUGACCUGCAGAAAACUAUCAGUGCUCUGGAGGCUUCUGGGGAAUCAAGCAUCAUGUUCUCUCUAUUUGGACCUGCUGGCACCACUCCCUACACCGUCACCACCUGCUAUGCGCUGCUGGAGAGAGAGUUUUUUCUUAAGAACAAGGCCUUGCGGGAUAUAGCAGUUUUGGCCAAGAUUAUUUUGACAGGACACAACUGGAAAAACAGAUUUGGCUUCAAGGUGGCCCACUUCAAGAGAUUGCUCAUGGCCAAGAGUGCACACUUCAGUGCUCUCAAACCUUGGCAAGGCUUAACACAGUUGCUGUCUCUGACAGAGUCACAACUUUGUGAUGGUUCACUGGAGGGAUUCCCGGACCUCAACUCCGACCUCAUGUGGCACAAGACUGAUGAGGACUGUCAUGGCAUUGCUCGGGCAAUAGCAGAUGUCAUGAUGACGCUUGACCCACAAUACUUUGCCAUGUAUCUAUGUUAAUCAUUUUGCUGGGUUUGAGCCAAGUAUUAUCAAAAACAAAGGAUUGGGCUUUCAUAGCAUUAUGAAUCCAAGAUGCUAUAUUUUAGUUUCUUCUGGGGAAUAAAAUAUACAUUAGGUUCUUGAUUUAUGCAUGGGAAAUGUGUAAGGAUAAAACAUGAGGUGACUUUUAAUUAAAUACAAUAGAGGUUCAAAAGUUAUUAGAAUACUGGGUUGCAAUAUGCAUUAUAUCAAAUUAACAAAUGAUGAAUAAUUACAAAUUUGUAUAGUAUGUAUAUAUCCAUGCCUAAACUACCGUGUAUUGAUUUGAUUUCAAUUAUACUAAAGCAUGUAGGUAUUGCAUACAUGUUUGACUGAAUGAUGAGGUAACAAAAUUCAUAAGGAAGUGACUUGUGCAUCCUGCCCUGUGUGGUGAGGAACAUUUAAGGCUGUGAAAAUUAACUGUGCCAGGAUUUAAGAAAUGUUUUUAACAUUGUGACUUUAUUUGUUUAUUGAUUUUUCUUCAGUAUUCAGGAGAAGUAUCACAGUUCACUAUCAUAUCCUUCCAGUGUCUUGCCCCAGAGGUAGUGUUUUUUCACUGUCAAGAUCCCAGUAAAAAAAAAAAACACACACAUUGGAUGUAAAGUUGUAAGAGGA